CGCGUGCGCAGUCCUUCGGCCCGGACGCCCCGCCCCGCCCGUAGUCUGGGUCUCCGCUCGCCAGGGUCCUCCCUGCUUAGGCUCUGCUGCUCGCGCUCGCGGCCAUGGCGACAUCGGCGGUGGGUGCGGUGGUGAUCGUCGGCAGUGGACUCAUUGGACGAAGCUGGGCUAUGCUGUUUGCCAGUGGAGGCUUCAAGGUGAAACUCUAUGAUAUUGAGCAACAGCAGAUAACAAACGCCCUGGAAAAUAUCAGAAAGGAGAUGAAGUUGCUGGAGCAGUCCGGUUCCCUGAAAGGCACCCUGAGUGUGGGACAGCAGUUGUCACUCAUCAGCGGUUGCUCCAACAUUGCAGAAGCAGUAGAGGGAGCCAUGCACAUUCAGGAAUGUGUUCCAGAAAACCUAGAACUAAAGAGGAAGAUUUUUGCCCAGCUAGAUCGCAUUGUGGACGACAGAGUCAUCUUAAGCAGUUCGAGCUCUUGCCUCCUGCCUUCCAAACUCUUUGCUGGCUUGACACACAUGAAACAGUGCAUCGUGGCUCAUCCUGUAAACCCACCAUAUUACAUCCCACUGGUGGAGCUGAUCCCUCACCCUGAGACGGCCCUUACCACAGUAGACAGAACCCACGCCCUGAUGAAGAGUAUUGGACAGUCCCCUGUGAGAGUCCUGAAGGAGAUCGAUGGCUUUGUCCUGAACCGUCUGCAGUACGCGAUCAUCAGUGAGGCCUGGAGGCUGGUGGAGGAAGGAAUUGUGUCUCCCGGGGAUCUGGACCUCGUCAUGGCUGAUGGACUGGGCAUGCGCUAUGCAUUCAUCGGACCGCUGGAAACUAUGCACCUCAAUGCAGAAGGUAUGUUAAACUACUGUGACAGAUACAGCGAAGGGAUGAAACGUGUCCUGAAGACUUUUGGACCCAUUCCAGAGUUUUCUGGAGCCACAGUUGAGAAAGUUAACCAGGCCAUGUGUGCGAAGGUUCCCAAUGACCCAGGGCACUUAGCUGCCAGAAGGCAAUGGAGAGAUGACUGCCUUAUGAGACUUGCCCAACUGAAGAGACAAGAGCAACCCCAGUAAAUGUUUCCUAAUGCUACUGUCGCUCUUCCAUUGAAGCCCUGUUUGGGAAAAUUGAAAGUAUUCAAUCCAGUGUCUCUAAAGCAGAGAGCAGCCUGGGGUGCAUGGCCUGAAGAUUCAGAGCCCUCUCCCUUUUGUUUAACCACUGAAAUGUCUAUAGGCUGUGUCUCCUGGUAACCUGGAACAUCAGCCUGGACUUAGGUGUCACAGCAGCACUUGGGUUUGAUUUCCUGCCUCCUGGGAAAAUAGUCUAAAGAUUUUAAUCUUUUCAGUACAAUUACUUAUGGCUACAUUUUAUAGUCAAUGAUUGUGGCUUCCUGUUAUUUUAAUCAGUGGCAAAAAUAUUCUUGUAAUCAAUUUUCUAAUCCCUUUCUGUGUACUGUGUGGAUCUGCAUUUAUAAGGCAAUUAUCUUCAUUAUACUAAUCUUUAUUGUAAAUAAAAGUUUUUGAUUCCAUAAA